AUGGAUCAAAAAACAAGAAUACUUAAAAACAUCACUGUUGUAAGUUUUGCAUUUUUGCUUAAUUUCACUGCUUAUCAGUCUUUGCAGAGCCUUCAGAGCAGUCUCAAUCGAGUGGAGGGAUUAGGGACAGCCGGAUUGGCUGUUCUCUAUGCCUCUCUCCUCGUUUCUAGCGUCUUCCUUCCAAAGGCGAUCAUUAAAAGAAUAGGAUGCAAAUGGACCAUUUCUGCAGCUUUAUUUUGCUACACGAUAUACAUAGGAGCCAAUUUCUACGCUACUUGGGCAACAAUUAUUCCAGCCUCUAUUGUUGUUGGCCUGUGUGCUGCCCCCUUGUGGACGGCCAAAUGUACGUAUCUGACUGAAUCUGCAGUUGUCUAUGCCAAGAUGAAUGAGGAAAAGGCUGAGUCAGUCAUCAACAAGUUCUUUGGUAUCUUCUUUAUGGCAUUCCAAUCAGGUCAGAUAUGGGGCAACAUUAUAUCGUCCCAGGUACUGAAUAAGAGAUCUGGGAAUGAUACAGAGCCUGUACCUGAAUCAGAGCUACAAUUCUGUGGUGCAGCCUACUGCACUGAACGAACAAACUCAUCCAAUAGCAAUCUGGAGAAACCUCCAAUCAACCAAGUGUAUAUGCUAUGCGGAAUUUAUGCUGCUUGUUCUUUCAUCUCUUCCAUUAUCAUCGCGUUAUUUCUCGAUCCCCUUAACCAACACGCAGACGACAAAACUCAACCGAAAAGCCAGCCGAAAAAUUAUGACGAAUCAAAAGAUUAUACAAAUAUGAGCAGUGAGUUAAAGAACAGACGAGAUGAAAGAGAUGUUAACGAAAAAACAAAAAUACGAAUAGAUGAUUCUGUAGAAGAUAGGUCCAACAAAUUCAAGCCUGAGCAGCUAAUAGCAACGUUCAAACAUUUUAAACAUUUUAAUCAAGUACUUCUCAUACCAUUAACAAUAUUUACUGGUUUGGAGCAAGCGUUCUUUGCGGGUGAUUAUACGAAGUCGUACGUGAGCUGUGCAUUGGGUAUCUUCAUGGUUGGUUACGUUGUCAUCUGUUUUGGUGUGUGUGAUGCCAUCUUCUCUUUCACAUUUGGACGUCUCGUCAAGUACAUCAAUAGAUGGCCAUUGAUCGCAGGAGCGGCAGCAUUGCACUAUGGGAUACUUAUAACAGCGUUAUUGUGGCAACCAAGACCAAGUUCUCUUCCGAUAUUCUUUCUCAUUGCUGGUCUAUGGGGAAUGGCAGAUGCAGUCUGGCAAACACAGAUAAAUUCUCUCUAUGGAACACUUUUCUCCUUUGAAUCUGAGGCCGCCUUCUCUUCCUACAAACUAUUGGAGUCCAUAGGAUUUGUGAUGGCGUUCGGUUAUAGCAACUAUCUUUGCGCCACUGUAAAAAUAUACAUUCUCAUUGGAUUCCUUACAGCGGGGAUUCUUGGCUAUAUUACCAUUGAAAUAAGACCGAUGAAGUGUUGUAGCAAGUCAGAAGAGUUUGAUGUAACCAAUGAUUAA